AUGGCCAAGGAAGAUGCAGCAGCCAUGACACCACCAUUGACGGAAUGCGGCAAACUUUAUGAGAAUUUGUUUACAAAGCUAUUACCCGAAUCCUACGAAUAUUAUCCACGUUAUUUGUGCAACAGUUGUGGCCUACAAAUGAAGUUAUUUCACAAAUUAAAAGAAAAGGCAUUGAACACUUUGGAAUAUUUAAGUAAAUUGUAUGAUGAAGCUGUAAUGGCAUUGGGUGAGGAGGGAAGGGUGCCGAUGCCCCCACCACCAUCACAAGAGUUAUAUGGUGAAGAAGAUUUUGUGGAUAAAAAUCACCAAGGUGAAUUGAUGGAGGAUAACCAUCUAUUGGUGGUAAAACCACCACAAAUAGUAACAGACAUGAUCCCUAAUGCUUUACCAAAUGGAGUUUUGAUAUUACCUAGCGUUACCACAGACCAUAAUGAGGACAGCAAUAGAGUUGCAAACAUUGUGUCAUCUGCUAUUUUGGAAACAGAUCAAUUAAAUGAUCAGCCGAGUCAUGAAGAAGAAGACACUGUCGUAGAUUUAGAAAAUUGUGUUAGCUUGGAUAAAUCCGAUUAUGUCAUGGAAAUAUAUAAAGUUAUUGAUGAUACAACACAAAGUGAUAAUAAUGUACAGGAAAUGGAAAUGGAGAACACCAACGACCAUUAUCGUGAUGAUAACGAUGAUGAUGAUCAGACGACGGUGGUUAGUAGCUAUGGUGGUGAUAUGGAAACUGUCACAACAAAUUCUUUGGAUAAUUUUACAAUUGAAGAAAUCGAUUCACGUUUGUCGUCGUGUAAUGAUGAACAAUAUUCGUAUAUUGAUUCAUAUGUGACAAGUGAAAAAAGCUAUAAUUCCUAUGGAACAAUAAAAACAACAACAACUGCAAAAAGGCGAAGAACCACCGAUAGUCGAAGGACAUUAUCAAUUGGUGAGCCCAUACAAAUAUAUAAUUGUACAGAGUGUACGGAAAUAUUUACCGAAUUGGAGGAUUAUAAAUAUCAUAGUACCUACAUACAUGCCCAGAGUUUUGCCUGCAAGAUGUGUGACACAGUAUUGAAAUCGGCCCGCAGUUUGGCCUCACACAUGAAAAAACACACCGAGACCCCAGCCUUUCAAUGUGAAAUUUGCCAGCGCACCUUUAACCAAAAAGUCCACUAUCAAUAUCACAUGAAUCGCCAUAAUAAUAUACGCAAUUUUAGCUGUGAUCAGUGUGAUAAAACUUUUCUGGCCAAGGCUGAUUUAAAAGUUCAUCAACGUUUGCAUACCGGUAAGGAUGAACGGGUAAUUUUUUUAACAAAUUUUUAUCAUUUAAAAUUUGUUUGUUACUUUUAA